AUGUCGCGACGAUCAAUUUACUUCAACCCCGCCGCCGCGGGCGAGCGUUUCGACUACUCGCAGCCCCUCGGCGUGACUGAAUUCCACCAAUCGCUUCUCAACUAUACGCCAACGCCGCUAGUAUCGCUUUCCGGAGUCGCGACCGAGCUGGGUGUUCGCGCGGUGCUCGUGAAGGAUGAAAGUAACCGAUUUGGAUUGCCAUCUUUCAAAGGACUGGGUGCUUCGUGGGGUUGUUUCCGGGCCGUUGCGAAGCAGCUUGGACUGCCGGCGACUAUUAGCCUGGAAGAAUUGUCUGCAAAAGCCAAGACGACCUCGAUUGCAUUGAUUACCGCGACGGAAGGUAAUCAUGGCCGAGCUGUUGCUUUCAUGGCCCGUCUGCUGGGCAUUGCCGCUGAAAUCUACGUCUCGAACUCCAUGCCCGAAGCUACGCGACAGUUGAUUACUUCGGAGGGCGCUCAGGUGAUUGUUGUUCAGGGAUCCUAUGACCAGGCGGUACAGAAGGCGUCGGACCGGGUCAGCCAGGGAAAAUAUGCACUUUUGAUCCAAGAUACGGCAUUCGAGGGGUACGAGGAUGUCCCCGCCUGGAUUGUGGAAGGCUAUUCCACGAUGAUGAAUGAGGCCGAGCAGCAGGCCGCUCAGAUGGGCCUCCCAGGCACUGUGAUGUUCACUCCAGUUGGUGUCGGUAGCCUUGCCCAUGCUGUAGUCAAGCAUUGCAAGUCCCGACAGAACCCCUUGUCAGUGGUCGCAGUUGAGCCUGACUCUGCCCCGUGUCUGUCAACGAGCUUGCGGGCUGGCAAAUCAAUUCCCGUGGAAACUUCAUCGACUAUUAUGAACGGCAUGAACUGUGGGACAGUCUCUUCUACCGCAUGGCCGGAUUUGAAACGCCUUGUUGAUGCCUGUGUCACUGUUUCUUCUUAUGAGAGCCACUGUGCCGUUCAAUAUCUUGCCUCGAAGUCGGUCCCCGCUGGACCUUGCGGUGGAGCUUCACUAGCUGCUCUCCGUCAUAUCGUCUCCAACGGAGGAUCCUCACUGCUGAGCAAGGACUCCGUUGUUGUCCUCCUUAGCACGGAAGGUGCUCGUAAAUACCAGACUCCGCGAGAUGUUUUUGCAGAGGAUGCGGUGACCUUGACUCAAGCUCUCACUCAAAUCAAUUCCUCCAACCCUACACUGUCAGUGGACGAUGGUGUCGGCGAGUGUGAAAUCGCCGAAUUUCUCGAGGCAUGGUUUGCACACCGCGAUAUCGAAUAUCACCGCGUGGAACCAGUACGCGGGCGGCCGUCUGUUGUCGGUGUUCUUCGUGGGAGCGGCGGUGGAAAGUCUAUUAUGUUCAAUGGACAUAUCGACACAGUCAGUCUGACCAGCUACGAGGAAGAUGCCCUUUCAGGAGUCAUUGGAAUGAAGGAUGGCGAACGAGCAGUUUUUGGACGUGGCUCUUUGGAUAUGAAGGGCGGCCUAGCGGCAGCACUAGUGACCAUUGCAUCCAUCAAGGCCAGCGGCCAAGUUCCCGCCGGUGAUAUCAUUGUUGCAGCAGUCUCUGAUGAAGAGGAUACAUCCCAGGGAACUCGUGAUGUUCUAGCGGCGGGAUGGACAGCCGACGCAGCUGUUGUCGCGGAACCAACUUCCCAUGUGAUCGCCACAGCACACAAGGGGUUCGUGUGGGUGCAAGUCGAUAUCCUGGGAGUAGCAGCCCAUGGAUCCAACCCCGCAGCUGGAGAGGACGCAAUCAUGCAAGCAUGGCGAUUCCUGCAGGCACUCGAACAAUAUCAGACCGAGUUGCCUGUGGAUGACCUUCUAGGCCAAGGGUCAAUGCACUGUGGCCUGAUCCAAGGUGGCCAAGAGCCCUCUUCGUAUCCCGGAAAAUGCACUAUUACGAUCGAAUUCCGUACUGUGCCUUCGCAGACGGAAGAUUCCACCAUCAAUGACCUGUCGACCAUGCUCCGAAAGAUCGCCGAGGAAAGUCCACAAUUCAGGUAUACUGAGCCUCGGGUCACGAUGUCGCGCCCGACGCAGAAGCUCCAGGUCGAUCACCCCCUCGUCCAGAAGGCGAUUGCUUGUGGGUUAACAGUUUGGAAUAGGAAGCCUGCUGUGCAGAGCAUGCCUUUCUGGUGCGAUGCGGCACUCCUUGGACAAGCUGGCAUUCCAUCGAUUGUUUUCGGCCCUUCUGGAGAAGGACUACAUGCGAAGGAAGAAUGGGUCUCGGUUCAUAGUUUGCAGCAGAUGCAGAAGAUUUAUACUCUGCUUGCUCUAGAUUUCUGUUCAUAG